UUCCCAGACUCUGCCAUCCUUUCCUGUUCGCCUUGGUGGCCACCUUUCCUGGCACCUGGCCUGCUUACUAAGGCGCCAGGCUGAUGUGUGCGCUGAGUGCCGCCCCGGCUCUGUGCGCUGGAGAGACUGUACUAGUAGAGCGCUGAGGACGUCGGCAGCGAGGGAGCGAAGAGCAGCAGCGGCGGUCACUGGAGGAGCAGUGGCCGGCAGAGGCACGGGUAAUGGAGGGCGGCUUCACUGUGUCCCGGGUAGGGUCAAGGACGAACUGCUCCUGCGGCUGACUCAUUCUUCCUACAAAACAUGGGAAGAGGGGACAGGUCUUCACGACGAGUUCCAUAACUGCUGCAAGCUGGCAGGUGACCUCACACCAUGCCAUGAUUUCACCCUGCUACCCCUUCCAUUGGGCUGAGCUUGCAGAGAGAGUAGUGUGCCUGACUGCCCAUUAGUGUUCUCCCCAAGACUUGGUGUCAGAUAAGUGUGACUUAUUUCAUCUUAAGCAUUUUCCUUUGGUUAUGAAGACAUUAUGGAUUUUCCAGAACAUAGCAGACAUUUGCUGCAGUGUUUGAGUGAGCAGAGAGAUCAAGGAUUUCUGUGUGAUUGCACUGUUCUGGUAGGAGAUGCCCAUUUCCGAGCACACAGAGCUGUACUGGCUUCAUGCAGCAUGUAUUUCCACCUCUUUUACAAGGAUCAGCUUGACAAAAGAGACAUUGUUAACUUGAACAGUGACAUUGUUACAGCUCCAGCCUUUGCUCUCCUGCUUGAAUUCAUGUAUGAAGGGAAACUCCAGUUUAAAGAUCUGCCUGUUGAAGAUGUACUUGCAGCUGCCAGUUAUCUCCACAUGUACGACAUUGUGAAAGUCUGUAAAAAGAAACUGAAAGAAAAAGCUACAACAGAAGCAGACAGUACAAAAAAAGAGGAAGACUAUUCAAGUUGUUCAGAUAAAGUAGAAAGCCUCUCAGAUGGUAGCAGCCACAUGGCAGGUGAUCUACCUAGUGAUGAUGAAGAUGGUGAUGCUGAAAAGUUGAACAUUCUUCCUAGUCGAGGUGAUUUGACUUCUGACUCUGAAAACAUGUGGUUGAGGUUAUCCUCUGAUUCAACCAGCCUUACUCAACCUAGCACUGAAGGUGAAACUCGCACAACCACUGUAAAAACAGCACCUAGCCCUUCAAGCUCAGCUGGCUCCUUAUCUGGGAGGUUGAAAGCUUCCAUAAGGGAUACAGCAGAUUCAGACUGUGUCCUGGACCUUUCUGUUAAAUCUAGUUUGUCAGGAGUUGAACAAAUGAGCACCUCCUACUUCUCUUCAUCAGAGACACUGAGAAAUAAUUUAGUUCAUGUGAAAGUAGAAAAAGAAGCCUCUUGCGAUGAAAAUGAUAUAGAUACUACUGAAUAUGAUAUGGAACAAAGUACAGUGAAAGAAGGCAUAAGUAAUGAUAUAAGGACACAUUAUGAGUCCAUCCACUUAGGUCCUGUACGAGAUGAUUCCAUCUUGAGAGAGUUGGAUCAUGAUGAAAAAGCAAGUGAUGAUGAAAUGAUAACUCCUGAUAAUGAGCGAGUUCAGAUAGAAAGUAACAUGGACACAAGUCUUCUUCCUUUUGUUUCAAACAUGCUUAAUCCUGCCGGGCAGAUCUUUAUGUGUCCACUUUGCAACAAAGUUUUUCCAAGUCCACAUAUACUCCAAAUUCACUUAAGUACACACUUUCGGGAACAGGAUGGUAUACGAAGUAAAGCCACUAAUGAUGUCCAUGUCCCUACCUGCUCUCUUUGUGGUAAGACUUUUUCCUGUAUGUACACGCUAAAACGUCAUGAGAGGACUCAUUCUGGAGAGAAGCCUUUCACUUGUACUCAGUGUGGAAAAAGUUUCCAGUACUCUCACAACCUGAGUCGGCAUGCCGUCGUUCAUACACGGGAGAAACCACAUGCUUGUAAGUGGUGUGAGAGAAGGUUUACACAGUCUGGAGACCUAUACAGGCAUAUCAGAAAAUUUCACUGUGAACUUGUAAACUCUUUAUCUGUUAAAAGUGAAGCAUUGAACUUGCCUGGGGUUAGAGACUGGACUUUAGAAGAUAGCUCUCAAGAACUUUGGAAAUAAAUGCAAUGUAGGUUCAUUCAUGCAUACAAGGUUUAGAGUUAUGUAUACAAGUAUACAUAUGCACUGUCAGUAUGUUUAACAAGAUGUUAAAUAUCCCUUUACACAAGUUUUUUUUAAUUUAAAGAUAAAUCUAGAUUUUGUUAAUGCAAUCCUGUAUCGAGCCAUGGCAUCUUAGAAUAUGUAAUGAAAAAUCAAUUGCUUAACUAAAAAUUUAGUUGUUGGAUAUUAGUGUUGCACUUUAUCAGUUUGAUACAUCAUGAGUCUUUACACUGAAUGUUGUAUUAAAAUUAAUUUAUUUUAUAUAGUUUUGUAAGGAGGAGGUUUGGGUGAUAUAUGCUAAGUCAAUUAACAUUGGGAACUGUCUAAUGACAUUAUUUGAUUUUCAUAUAAUGUAUAAAUGGUUUCAGUGGGAAAGGGACUUUUUAGGUUUUUGUAUAAACUGGGCGUAUCCUGCACCUCCUCAUUUAUUAAACAAUAGGGCAUAUGCUUCCCUUUAAUGUAGGGCUUUAUAUUGAACAUUAUUUUUUUAAUCGUCAUUAUCAGUAAUGGUAAAAUACGGUAAAUCGUGAGUUUGUGAAAAAAUAAUUCGGAAUAAAUAGAAGGAUUGUGAAGGUAGUUAAGUGUUCAAACUGGCUUUAUAAUGUACCAUUUUUGUGUAACGUAAAUUCACAUGGUGUUGUCAAAUAAUUUUAAUGCUACUUUUAGUUUAAUUCUGUUUUCUGUUUAAACAAGAGCCGCAUGAAUAUUUCUAUCAUUAUUUACUUGCAGGAUAACUUAUUUGAACAUAAUUUUAUCUGAAAGAAAUAUGCUGUUAAAAUUGAAUUUUUAUGUUCUCAAAACAAAAAGUGUGUAUGUAUUUUCUAGCUGUUUUUCUUAUUAGAUUUAAUUUUAGCCUUUAUUUGUUCCCUGAAAAAUAUACCUGUUUACACACCUUUACAGAUGCAAUAAUUAAUAAGUAUAUUCAAAUGUACAUUCUAACAGAAUAAUAUUAAAAGAAUGGCACUUCACUAUGUUUCGUAAAUUAAAAAGUAUAAAUAAUAUUUUAACUACUGUUUGAUUUAAGACAAAGCAAUGAAUGACAGAAUACAAGUAUAAUUUGGGUUCUAUAAAAACAGUGUUUUGCCUCUUUAUCUAAGAACUCCUAGGAUGAUUUUUUCUAAACUUACACAUACUUAUGUGUACUGUGGUAAAAAAAAAAAAAAAAAAAAACUACAGAUCUGUUGCAAAAACUCAAAGAAUUUAUUUAUUUUUUAGGUUUUAUUGCUAUUUAUGUAAGAUGCAAACUGAAAUGUACUGUUGCUAAAUGAGGCAUGUUUCCAUUAUAUGCUGCAUCUUUUUCAGAGGAUAAAAGACAAUUUAGUGGACCGAUGUGUGUACUUUUUUUUAACUGUUAUUUAAGAAUGGUAAAUUUAUUUAAGAUGAGACAAUCAUUGUCAGUGUAUUGGCAAUUUAUUUUGCUUUAUUUAGCAUUUUACAAUUUGUGAUUUGUGAAAUACUUUUAUUUAAUAAUUAGACUUCUGUCUAGCCCUGACAAUCAUUGUAUUUUUUUCCAGAAAAGGUGUGAGUAAUUUAUUAUAUUGUUUUAAUUUUGUACUUCGUAUAGGUGUUUGAUAUCUUUCAAGCAGUGUGAAAUUUCAAUAAAACACAUA